AUGGCCAACAAUAACAACAACAAUAACAACAACGUUGCUUUCAACUUUGCUGCACUUUCUUCUGCUCUUAAUGGUGGUACAAGAAGUGCUGAGUUUGUUGAGACUAUGAAGAGUAAGCAAGAGGCCUUUGCUGGAGAAAAAUUGGCUGAGCUACCAAUUGAUUUCCUCGAUGGUCUUUCCCCCGCUGUCAAGAAGCGUGUCGAGGUUCUCCAAGAGAUUCAGGAUGAACAUGAUGAAUUGAAGGAAAAGUUUUUCAAGGAGAAAGCGGCUCUUGAAGCCAAAUACCAAGUUUUGUAUCGACCACUAUACACCAAGCGCUAUGAAAUUGUGAAUGGUAUUACUGAAGUGGAAGGGGCAGCAAAUGAAACUCUAGCCGAUGCAGAAGAUGAACAUGAUGAUUAUGUAGGGAAAGGAAUUCCUUCAUUUUGGCUCGUUGCUAUGAAAAACAACGAUAUCCUGGCUGAAGAGAUUACCAAACGUGACGAGCAAGCUCUAAAAUUUCUCAAAGAUAUCAAGUAUACUAGGAUAGAUGCACCCAAAGGAUUUAAACUCGAAUUUUUCUUCGAUGAAAAUCCAUUUUUUUCAAACUCGGUGUUAACGAAAACAUACCAGGUGGUCGACGAAGACGACCCUAUACUAGAGAAUGCUGUUGGGACUGAAAUUGAUUGGCACAAUGAAAAAUGUCUCACUGAGAAGAAGAUUAUCAAGAAGAAGACAAAGAUGGGAUCUAAUAAUUCUAAGCCAAAUAACAAAACUGAAACCUGUGAAAGUUUCUUUAACUUUUUUGAUCCACCAGAGAUCCCCAAAAAUCACAUGACCAUUGAUAAAGAAGUGGCCGAGGAACUUCAAAAUGAAAUGGAGUAUGACUAUGAAAUUGGGUCUGAGAUAAGAGACAAGAUCAUCCCUCAUGCUGUAUCAUGGUUUACUGGGGAGGCUGCUUAUCAAAAAAAAAAAAAAAAAAAAACUGGGGAGGCUGCUGUUGGAGAGUUUGACGAGGAUGAUGAUGAAGACGAUGACUUGUAUGAUGAAGAUAGUGAAGACGACGAUGAUGAUGAAGAGCAUAAGCAUUUAAGGUUGGUGAGGUUCAGCAGGCUGAGAAACCAACAGAAUGCAAGCAGCAAUAAAGAUGAUUGUUUUGAUGAAGAAGUUGAUUUCAAUUUGAUGUUGGUUUUCAUUGGUGCUCGAUUUAUUGUUCUCCGUUAUAUCUUUUAGUUUGAAUUUUAUGUUGAGCACAUUCUCCCAUUUUGGCCAUUGUUUUGGAGAAAUGUGAUUUUAUAGUUUGUGGAUG